AUGACAUCAGGACAAGAAAGUGAGGACAGUAGCGAUAAGGAGGGAACCACAAGCAGCAAGAAACAGAGUUUUAAGAAGCGUGAAACGUGUCCUUCUGUUAAUGAAAAAGUCACAGAGUCAGAGUCUGUAAAGUCAAUUGUAGUGCAAAGUGUUGAAGGCUCAUUUCAGAAACAUGACUUGCUGCAGAAAGCACACAAUGCCAGGGAGAAGCACAAUGUUAAUCCUGGCUUUAAGGAAGCUUCUGGGAAGAAGUCAGUUUCCCAGGGUAGUAUGGCACAGGAAAAAAGUGAGAGAACUGGGAAAAAACAAGUUGUAAAACAUACCAGGAUUAUUGCCACUGAAAGUGCGGAAGAAAAUGUCCUGGAAACCUCAGGUAACUCCUGCUCUGAUUCUAGCAAGGAAGGCCAUUGGACCCAUAAAAAAGAUAUGAGAGAGACUGAAGUGAACAGUACUGCAACCAGUGAAGAGACGAGUAGUUCUUCAGAGGAAGAUGGCAUCAGUGGGAAAGAAUCCAUGCUGGUAGAUCCUCCUGUGGCUGAAGGAAAAGGUUCUAAGGAACUGCUUAAUGAAGCAUCUAAUGCAGCUGAAAGGGGGCAGGUGACCACAGUUGAAGGGAAUAAAUCUGAGGAGGAAGGCACUGACUUGGCAGGAUUGAAGGCAGAGGAGAAAAUGAAAAAGCAAGAUGGCACACCAAGACAAUCAAAAUCUAUUCUAGCUGAGAGCAGUGAGGAAGAUGAUGAUAUAAACAUUUCAGAAUUCCAAUUUAGAAGUCCUAAAAACAAAGAAAAUGCCAGUCCUGAAGUAAGCAAGGAAAAUACACUUGAAAAUAACGAAGUUCAAGAUAUGUUAAAAGACGGACACAGUAAUUCUGACAGCAACGGGGAGAACAGCACUAAAGAGAGCAUUGACAGAGGAAAAGGAAAUGCAAUAAAACAACCACUGUCUAAUGAUGCCAAAGGAAAAGUCCCUGUUCUUCUUAGCAAAGUACAUCAAGGAACUGAGCAGGAAAAGAAGGUGAAUAAUGAAGGCAGUGCACUGGAAGAGAACCUGAGCAAAUGGGCCAUUUACAAGGACCCACAUCUGGCCAACAGUCAUGUGAUGAAGGUCUGCAAGGAUCAGUGGGAGGCAGAAGACAUCACUGACAAUAUGCUAGAGAUGGAAUUCAUGCAGAAACAGGUGUGCCUGUGUGAAGGUCAUCAUGUAGAAGCUGAGGAAAUUGAAGAUCUAACCAGACUGGAGGAAGUCUGUGAGAGCUCAGUUCUGCUGUGUCUGAAGAAGAGGUUCCAUCGCAAUCUGAUUUAUACUUACAUUGGGCAAAUUUUGGUUUCUGUGAAUCCUUUCAAAGACCUCAACAUCUACUCUGAAGAUGUGGCUACCCAGUACCACCAAAGGACUCUUUCAAAAAACGCCCCACACAUCUUUGCUAUAGCAGAAAUGGCCUAUGUGCUAUCCCAGUCGUCAGAGCAGGAGCAGUGUGUCAUCAUCAGUGGACACAGUGGAUCAGGUAAAACAGAAGCUGCCAAAACAAUUGUGCAAUACCUGACCAUGCUGUACCAGAGAUCAGACAGCCACAUGAUCAGAAAGCCCUGCAGUGUCCUACCCAUCCUGGAAAGUUUUGGGAAUGCCAGAACCAUCCUCAAUGACAACUCAAGCCGUUUUGGAAAGCUUUUCAAUGUCCACCUGCAACAUGGUGCCGUGGUGGGAACAUCCAUCUGCCAGUACCUGCUGGAGAAAUCUCGUGUGGUAUUUCAGGGCAGAGCGUGUGACAUCCUGGGGAAGGAGGAUAGUCAGGACUUUCUGGUGCUUGUGCAAGCUCUGGAGGGAAUCAGCCUCUCAGAGGACCAGCUGACUUCCACCUGGGCUGUCCUGGCUGCCAUUCUGCAACUGGGGAAUAUCUGCUUCACCUCCUAUGAGACAGAAUCCUAUGAACAUGCAGCCAUUGCCAGUGACACUGAGAUUCAGAUUGUGGCCAAUUUGUUACGUGUCUCAGCAGAUUUCCUGCAAAGUGCUGUCACUCACCGUGUCACUGUGACAUCUUACGAUCGGAUCUGCACCCCUCUGUCUGUAGAAGGAGCCAUCGAUGCCAGGGACUCCAUUGCCAAGACUCUGUAUUACCUGCUCUUUGAGUGGCUACUGCUGAGAAUCAAUGAGUGGUUGGCUCCCUGGAAAUCAGACUGUGCAGUGGGCAUUGUGGAUAUACAUGGUUUUGAGGAUCUAGGUGUGAACAGUUUAGAGCAGCUUUGCAUAAACUUUGCCAAUGAGCAUCUUCAGCAUUUUUUCAACCAGACUGUCAUUGCCCAGGAAGAGGAGGAAUAUAGCCAAGAGCAGUUAGCUUGGAUUCCUAUUUCCAAGACAUACAGUGAGUCAUGCCUAGACUUCAUUGCUGCAAAACCCCAUGGCAUCUUGAGUAUCCUGGAUGACCAGACCUCACUGGCUCAGGCCACGGACCACACUUUCCUCCAGAAGUGUCAUUACCAUCAUGGAAACAACCCUUGGUACACCAGACCCAAGCUGCCCUUGCCAGUCUUCACUGUGAAGCACUAUGCAGGCCCUGUCACUUAUCAGGUCCACAAGUUUCUUAAUAAAAACCGUGACCAGCUGCGCCCAGAGGUGCUGGACAUCUUCUCCCAGAGUCACCUCAAGGUGGUGUCUCACAUUUUCCAGAAGGCUAAAGCUGCUUAUAGUCAGCAAAGGGAGCUGGGGGGCAGAUGUAGGGGGCUCAAGCCUCAGGCCUCCACACUGGUGUCCAAAUUCCAGCAGUCUUUGCAGGACCUCACAGCCAAGCUGAGAAGGAGCCAUUCUUUUUUCAUUCGGUGCAUCGCUCCCAAUCCCAAAAAGCUGUCAAAUAUCUUUGAUGUGGAGUAUGUCACUUGCCAGCUGCAGCAUUCUGGGAUUCUGGAGGCUAUCCACAUUAGAAAGGAGGGAUACCCAAUCCGUCUUCCAUUCCAGAACUUCCUAAUCAGGUAUGGCCACCUUGCUGGGCGAAGGCACAGCUGCUUGGAAGAGAGAGAAGGCUGUGCAGCAGUGCUGGCUCAUGUGGUGGGGAGCCCCUCAGACCUUUAUCAGAUUGGAAUAACAAAGGUCUUUUUGAAGGAGAAGGCCAAGCAGCUUCUGGAGAGAAAAUGGAAGCAGAGGCACUGCUGGGCUGUUGUCACUCUGCAAAGGAAAUUCCGGUGCCUCCUUCACCGAAGACGCCACCGUGUCCUCCACGAGAAAGUCACAAUCAUUCAGGCCCACUUCCGAGGUUAUCAGGCAAGGAAGCGUUACAGGAGGCUGAAAAAGACAUUGGUGCAAUUUAAUACCAUGAUCUUAAUCUCCAGGUGUUUGGUUCAAAGGAGGAAGCACUGUGAGCUACCUCAGGCUGCUGAAGUCUGGGCCUAUGAGAAAUCUGCUGGUUCCGUAGUUAGAAUGAAGACAGGAUGGCAGUGCUUUGAGAAGAUUGAAGAUUGUGUGCAGGAGAGGGCCAUGGAAGAAAGAAAACAAAGGAGGUCUCUGGCCAGUGGUGACACAGAGAACAGUCCUAACCAAGGAAUGGAUGUGGGACUGCUGGAGAUCCCUGCAGAGCUUGCUGCCCUCCUGCAGUUAGCUGAAGGUCGGUACAGAGCACAGGACAGCCAGAUAACUGAGGCAUUGCCUCCAGAAGUCAAGGUCAAAGAUGACCUUUCCCUACCACCCACCAUCAACAACUAUCCUUUCUCCUCCUUCAUCAAGUCACACUUCCAAAAGACAGAUUUCCCUCCCCCUGGUCAUCCUCUACAGCAUCCCUUAACCCAUCUGAAUGCUGAACAUCAGGAAAGUGCACUUGAAGUCAACAAACUGAUUUUGCGGUUUGUGGGUGACAAGAAUCUCUACGGCUGGCAGGAGGUGCUUCUGGGCAAUUACAUUGCUGGAAGAGGUCUGAAUAAUGUGGCUCUGCGUGAUGAAAUCUUCAGUCAGGUGGUCACCCAAACAUGGAAGAACCCAGACACAGAGCAGAGUCAGCGAGCAUGGGUCCUGAUGGAGACUUUGCUCAGCUGCUUUGUCCCUUCACCAGCACUGGAGAAGCCGUUGUUGAAGUUUGUGUCAGAUCAUGGCAUGGAGGGCUACAAUGCUGUUUGCCAGAGGAAAAUCUUGACAGCAGCACAGCACACAGAGGUGGACUCUACAUUAUCUCGGGCCUACCCUCCAACUCAGCUGGAGUGGACUGCAAACCAGAGGAGAGGGAAGAUGAUUCUGGAUGUUCAUACCUUUAAUGAGGAGAAGUUCUCAGCUGAAGUGGAGUCUUGGAUGACUGGGGAGCAGUAUGCAGGCUGGCUCCUGACUGCAAGGGGCUGUGAUAAGUCUCGAGGGUGGUCUAUCUCCAUGCUUACUGACAACACAUGGCAGGACCUGCUGGGCUGUGACUUUGUGCUGGACCUCAUUGGAGAGAUGGAAGAGACUAGCAACUUCAGCAGUACCUCUCAGUCCUCAGCUGAGUACCCUAUCACUCCUGAAAGGGACAGAAGCUUCCUCCAGAACUCUGACCUGGAUUUGAUCCCUCCUGCUCCAGGCAUCCAGGCCCCUACCUUCCCACCACCUAGCCUGCCUCCAGAAUUUAAUAGUUUUCAUCCAGAUCUAGGACGCAGAGAUGAUAUGACUCCUGUAGGCUUAGACAACUAUGUGGAUGAUCUCUUCAGCACUGUGCUGCAUCAAGGCUCCAGAGUACCAGAUAUGGAGAACAGGGAGAGUCUGACUGGACGCAUGAAAGGAGGUGGGAAGAUUGGACCCACAGGAAGAGGAGUCUUUCCUUCUACAGGUUUCUCUGGAAUGACUCAAACACCAAUUUACCAACCCAUGCCUUCAAUGGCAGGGAUGCCAGCAGCCAUGCCUAUGAUGCCAGCAGCUGGAGGGAUUGCACCUAUGCCAGCCAUGUUUAUGCCCCAGCCUGUGGCUCCAGCUGUAGAUCCCAAUCAGUUAGCAGCACAACAGCAAGCUUUUAUCAACCAGCAAGCCAUGCUCAUGGCCCAGCAGAUGACUCUUCAAGCCAUGACCAUUUCCCAGCAGCAACAACAGCAGUUGCAACCAUCUCGUGUCAACUCAAGGCCAAGAGCCUCAAGUCCACCACGAGCCCAAGUCCCAGUUCAAGCUACUUCCCCUGAACCGAAGAAGCCUCCUAGCAAUCAGAAUGCUGCACCACCAGCACCACCAGCACCAGCAGCUAAAGCAGAAGAAGGGGUUUAUGACUACACAGAAGAUGAGUUCUCCAACAGUGAAGAUGACUAUCCUCGGGAAACUUUCCAGCAGAAGAGACAAUAUUUUCAGAAGAUGGGAGAACAACACAUCCGAGUGAAGAAAGUUAGGCCUCCUUCCAAAACCUGGACCCCUCCAGAAAAUCCCCAGCCAAAGCAGGAGGAGAAGAAAGAAGAUGAGAGCAAGAAGAGGAAAGAAGAGGAGAGGCAGAAGAGGAAAGAAGAGAAACCCAGUUCUGAAACACAGGCAGGUCCUGCUCCCACUUUGCCACCUCCUGAGCCAAAGCCAAAAAGGCAGGUACCAAAAGUGAAGAAGGAGCCACCUGUAGUGAAGCCUUUGGGUCCUGAGUCACGGCCUGAACCCAGCAAGGAGAUCCGCAACAUCAUCAGAAUGUACCAGAGCAGGCCAGCCCCUGAGCCCCAUCCCAUUGAGCCUGUCAGGAAACCAUCCAAGCCAUUUAUAAAAAAGAGUGACCCCAAAAAUGAGGCUCUGGCCAAGCUGGGGAUGAUGAACCUCUCAUCUCCCAAAUCACCUUCCCCUCCCAAGCCACAGCAGAAGAAAACACCUCCCCCUCCUCCCAAGCCCAAACCAAGCUCAGCUUCCAGCUCCAUCAAGGAGAAGCAAUUGCCUCUCAUGGCCAUCUUCAGACAGGAGAGUACCCCACCAGGUUCCCAGGCCCCUCCUGCAUCCCCUCCUCCUCUUCCACCACCAUUUGCUCCACCUUCCCCGCCUGAGUACCAGGGCCAGCAGGAAUCCACAGGGAAGGGCUCUGCUGUAACAGUAGCAGAAGACAAUAUCAAGACCCAGCUGUACAAGCUCACUGCCAGUGUCAGCUUUUCCUAUGUCAACCCUGCCUGGAAAAUCUUUCUGCGCAAAGAGGUGUUUUACCCCAAAGAAAAUUUCAGCCACCCUUACUGUCUGAACUUGCUCUGUGAACAGAUCAUGCGUGACACCUUCUCUGAUUCCUGCCUUCGGAUCUCCAGGGAGGAGAAGCGCAAAAUGAAAGACCUGCUGAAGGGGUUCCAAGUUGGCAAUGAUGUCCAGUCCAUUCAGGAGGAUGGGAUAAAGAAGAGGAUUGUACUGGCUGCUCGGGAUAACUGGGCUAACUAUUUCUCCCGUCUUUUCCCAGUUCAUGGUGAAAAUGGAAGUGAUGUCCAGAUCCUGGGUGUUUCUCACCGGGGCAUGAGGCUGCUGAAGGUGGUGAAAGCAGCUGGCUAUAAUCCUGAGCACCUGAAGAUUCUCCAGAGCUACAGCUUUGCAGAUGUGCUGUCAGUGGAACUGAAGGGCAGCAAUGCCCUGGAGUUUUCUCUGAAGACAGAGCAGCUCUUCCUGCACUCUUCGAAGGCUCCAUGCAUCAAAGCCAUGGUAGAACUCUUCAUCCAGGAGCUGAGGCAGGACACCAACUAUGUCAUUGCUGUGCGCAGCUACGUCGCAGAUGACAAGAGCCUUCUUAGCUUCAAGAAGGGUGACCUCAUCGAGUUACUGCCCAUGCAAGGCGUGGAGCCAGGCUGGCAGUUUGGUUCCACUGGUGGCCGCUGUGGUAUUUUCCCUACCAACCUGGUGCAGUUGGCUGCAGUCCCUGAUUACCUCAGCAUCAGCAUGGACAGACAUGGAGGGCAGAGGAAGGGCAUGAAAGCUUCCUCAGAGAGCAGGAACACCAGCAGAGAGAGUUCUGUUCCUAGCCUGGCAUCAGAACCCAACAGCCUCAUGUUAGUCCCUGGUAGUGGUCAUUACACCAUGGUGGACUUUGCCACAGCCUACUUCCGAGAGGCUCAGUCCAGGCAGGGACUGUCUGCUGACAAAAAGAGUCCAGCUGACCUGGUCCGGCACACCAAGGUCCCAAUUCAGGAGUCUUUGCUCCAGUACUCUGAUAGAGAGCUGAAUGAGCUUGCUACAAAGAACUUCAAGACUCUUAUGAGGUUCAUGGGAGACCAAUCAAAACCCAGGAAGCAGAAUGAGGUUGAAUGCAUCUAUGAAAUCCUUCAGCUGUGCAAAGAGAAGGAGAGUUUGCAUGAUGAGGUUUACUGCCAGGUCAUCAAACAAGUCACCUACAACCCUAACCAGGAAAGUGUGAUGCGUGGGUGGCAGCUCCUGAGCCUGCUAACUGGAUACUUCCUCCCUUCUAACAUCCUGAUGCCCUAUGCCACCAAGUUUCUACAGCUAGCCAGCAGUGAUCCCUCUACUACCCACCAUGAUAUAGCCAAGGUCUGCCAGAGCAACCUGCGGAAAAAUGUCAUGUAUGGGGGCCGCCGCCACCUUCCUUUCCCUGUGGAGAUAGAGGCACUGCUGAAAGGGCGUAGCUCCCGCCGGUUGGUGAUAGUGAUGCCUGGAGGACUGGAAUACAUCUCCAGAACCAAGACAUUCACUGUGGCCAAGGAGCUCUUACAGGAGAUUUGUGAGCAGAUGGGAGCAAGUGAACAGGAAGAGAUACAGGAGUUUGUUCUUCAUGCCAUCAGGAGUGACAGCAAUAAUUCUGGUAAAAUGGUGAGGCCAAUCAGAUCAGAGGAGUAUCUUCAUGAUUACCUGCUGGAGGACAAUUUAGUCACCGUGACUUUACGCAGAGUCAUCUGGAGGACACCUCUGCACUUUGAGAACGAAGUUUAUAUUGAUGUCCAUUAUGGACAGAUUCUGUGGGAUUACCUGAAUGGAAAGAUACUCUUGAGCCAUAGUGAAGAAAUGGAGAUGCAGGUGAGCAUUUUGGCAAUGCUCCAGUACUGGGCCAAAUCAGAGCAUCAGAACUCUGCUCUCACCAGGGAAGAGCUGAAGGAGUACACACCAAAGACCCUGCAGUCCUCCAUCAGUCUCCAGGUUCUGCAGAACCAUGUUGACAUGCUGCUGAGAACCAGGCAGCCCCUCCAGCCAGUGGAUGCAAAAAUACAGUUCAUAGAGCAUGUCAUGAAAUUGCCUUUCUUUGGCUACAACACCUACUUUGUUGAGAGAGUCAGUGAUCACACAAUCCCUGCACCCUGUUUCUUUGGUGUGAAUAAAGAGGAGAUCAUUGUGGUGGAUGUCACCACCCAGGUGGUCUCCUGUGUCAUUCCACUGAAGGACCUGCAGAAGAUGCGAACCCUGCGGCCCACCUCUGAUGGUGGGCUUCCUGGCAUAGAACUGAACUAUGGCUCUGCUGACAGACCCAAGACUAUGUGGCUUGAACUGCCAGAGGCUAAAGAAAUGUACCAGACAAUUGUUGUCAUCCUCGAUGAAACAGAGGUGCACUACUAGAGCCUAAGAGGGGGAGAAUGACCAAGAAAAACAGCACUGAUUGUCUUUUUUUGAGCUUGUUCAGUGAUCCCUGCCUUCAGGAAAGGACUCUUCCAAAAGACAUCCAUGACCUCUGACAGCUGCUUUCUUAAGACUGCCACCAGUGUUUGUUUGAUGGACACAAUUUCACCCCUUGUGACCUGCCCUUCAGUCCCCAAAUAGUCUUCCUGGAAGUGAUGCAUGCAGUGGCUAAACAAACCAUGGGACCACCUUCCCACACUGCCACUUUUUCACAGCCUGUUCCAACACAGUUCACCUGAACAGAUGCAAGCAACUGCCUUUAAGCUAUGCAGUGUUGGGACUGUUGUUUUC